AAAGUGCCCGGUAUGGAAACUCUUCCGGCCAGCUUUCACGAGAGAUAACAGGACGGUGUUAUGGAAAAUAGUGGCGAUUUAUGCGCAUAUAAUCUCCUUAUUAAGUUGUAGAUGUGGAGCAGGUUACUGAGUCCUCGUGUGAGUGGUAGAGCAAGUUUGUGUUGGAGAAGCCUGUUUACCAUGCAGCUAAAGACCAGCGAGUUCCAGUCCCUGUUCACUGAUGGACUGAAUGGAUUGGCAGAGGUGUUUGAGAAACACCAGCAUGAGCUGAGGAUAGCUGGAGGUGCUGUGCGGGAUCUGCUGUCUGGGAAGCGGCCUGAAGAUGUGGAUUUUGCUACCACAGCCACUCCAGAGGAGAUGAAGCACAUGUUUCAAACGGCUGGGAUCAGGAUGAUCAACAAUAAAGGAGAGAAGCACGGGACUAUCACUGCACGACUGCACAAUGAGAGCUUUGAGGUGACCACACUGCGAGUGGAUGUUCAGACUGAUGGACGUCAUGCAGAGGUGGAAUUCACAACUGACUGGCAGAAAGAUGCUGAGCGGAGAGACCUCACCAUUAACUCCAUGUUUUUGGGUCUGGACGGCACAUUAUAUGAUUAUUAUCGUGGAUAUGAGGACCUGCAGAACCGUAAAGUGCGGUUUGUUGGCAGCGCUGAACAAAGGAUCAAAGAGGACUACCUGAGAAUACUACGAUAUUUUAGGUUUUACGGCCGAGUUUCUUCGGAGCCCGGUGACCACGAGCCUGAGACACUGACUGCCAUCAGGGAAAAUGGUCACGGACUGGGUGCUAUAUCGGGAGAGCGAAUCUGGGUGGAGCUCAAAAAGUUGGUGGUCGGGAACCAUGCUGCUCACCUGCUGGAGCUGAUCUAUAGCCUGGAACUGGCUCAGUACAUUGGAUUACCUCCAGAUGGCGAUAUUGACGAGAUGAAGCGAGUGUGGCAGAACGCCAAAGACCGCUCUCCCAAACCCAUGACCAUCCUGGCUGCUCUGUUCCGCUCCCCAGAGCAGGUGGAAAAGAUGGACAUCCGAUUGAAGGUGUCCAGAGAGGAGAAGAACCUGGCACUGUUUCUGGUCAAAUACAGACGGGAGCUCUGCAAGAGAGAAGAUGAGCCAGACAGCCUCAAACCUUUCACUGACUUUAUUAUUGACAGUCGGGAGCUGGAUUCCCAGAGUAAAGUGUGCGAGCUGCUCAAGUACAAAGGUGAGGAGAAGCUCCUGUCAGAGCUGAGCAGAUGGUCCAUCCCUCGCUUCCCCAUCAGCGGGCACGAUCUGAGGAAGCUGGGCAUCACCUCGGGCAAAGAGAUAGGCGCCACCUUACAGAAGCUCCGUGACAUUUGGAAGAAGAGUCAUUACCAGAUGGACAAAGAUGAACUGCUGAGUUAUGUAAAGCCUUAAACAAGCAGAGGAGUGGAAAUGUUUUUGUUGUGUUUAGAUGGUAAUCACAUGGACGCUUGAUGCUGCGACUGCACUGCUCCUGGGUAUUGUUUGAGCAGCCUGAUGCUCAAACAAUCAGAAAGGACACUACGGUGAGUGAGACAUGAAAUCGGGCGGAAAAAUGCUCUUUAGCCGGAGCCUGCAGCCUUGGGCCACUAUUGUUGAUGCUCAGCCAGUUGAAUUCUCAUCAUUUGCAGUAAGUAAACUCGCUCUGACCUGUAAAGGACGACGACACAUGGAAUAAAUUCAGUUUAUUCACAGUAGAUGUUUAUUUUCAUUGUUCACAUGAUGACAGGAAGCAGAGGAAUGUUUGUGUCUGUGGCUUUUUUUAUGUUGACUGUAUUUCUGUUUUCUGUACAGAUCAUUUUACACUUCUGCUAAAAGGUUCUGUUUUCAUGGCUGCCCUUUUCUGCAUGCUCUGUACAAUAAAAGGUGGCCCCCUGU